AUGAUUGAUUCGGCAUCGAGCAGCAACAGACAGCAAACGCUGCAGCUACCUCCCGACACCGUCAGAUGUAUAACUACAGACAGAAGUGGGAUAUCCAAUCUGCAUUGGGCGGCUUGGACAGGAGACGCGAAGAGAGUAGCAGAAAUCCUGCAAAUCCAUCCCAACUUUGGAUCUUCAAAGGAUUUCUUAGGGAGAACUGUGUUGCAUUAUGCGGUGCAAGAAAACCGAAAGUCUGUUGUGGAAACAGUCGUCGGACAAUCUGGUGUUGAAGUCGAUCUCACUGGUCAUUUUGGUCGAACGCCAUUACACUGGGCCGCAGAGAAAGGAUUACCGCGCAUCAUGUUGUUGUUACUCAAAAGUGGUGCUGCUGUUGAUGCUCAAGACUUAUUCAGGCAGACUGCCUUAUCUCGAGCUGCGUGGCGAGGAUGGCAGGAAUGUGUGUCACUGCUGCUUGGACAGGAAGCCAGGUCUGAUAUUCCAGAUCUUCAUGGACAAAUGCCUCUAUACCUAGCAGCUGCUAAUGGGAGGAUUCAAGUGGUCAGCCAACUAUCUAAGAGGCAAGGCCUCACCGCAACCGACGAUCUUAAAACGUGUCUUUACCUGGCAGCUAAGUGUGGCCAUAGAGGCGCGGCAUGUAUAUUAAUGAAGGAGUUGGUUUUUACCAACGCCAAUGGAAAUAAUGAUUUCAAAACAUUGGAGCAAAUCGAUGGAUGGCAAAAUGACUUUACUGAUAUCGGUCGUGACGUUGACUUGUUGGUCUGGGCAGCUCUGAACGGAAUUGAGAGCAUGUCCAACCGGUUCAUUGGGAAUGGCGUGAAGAUUCAAUCGUAUUCUUUAAUCUGUAAUAUGACUGCGAUGCAAGCCGCAGCAGGUAGUGGUCAUAUCGAGAUUGUGGACCUACUUCUCAGAAAAGGAGCUCAAGUCAACGCUGCAGCUACUAGCAUAAACGACCGCACAGCUCUCCAGGCCGCAGCAGGUGGUGGCCAUUUCGACAUUGUGGAAAUGCUCAAUGCGGCAAUUGCAUAG